CUGUAUUAAAAAACUCCCACCAAGGGCAUUCCGGACAUUCACCAGCAAGUCUUCCACCUUUAAAACUCUGCCCCAACCAAUAUAUAUAUAUUCACAUCUCAAUCAGCUCCCCUCCAACAGAUUCGGUAUCACACUCCAACAACAUCACUGCUUUAGCACCGCUUGUCAUGGCUUCUUCCAAGCUCCAUGCCCUCACCGUCCUCAUCAUCCUCAUCAGCAUAGCGGUCAAUGCAGCUGCAGUAGCGGUACAGGACCAAUCAGAGCAAUGUGGGGCCAAAUCAAAAGGAGCGUGCCAUGACAAAGCACAAGCACUGAAAUUGAAGCUCAUUGCCAUAGCUUCCAUUUUGGUCUUUAGCUUGAUCGGCGUCUGCCUGCCACUAUUUUCACGCUCAGUUCCGGCUCUCCAGCCCGACAAGGACUUGUUCUCCAUCGUCAAAGCUUUAGCCUCCGGUGUCAUACUCGCGACGGGGUACAUGCACGUGCUGCCAGACUCGUUUGAGUGCUUGACGUCGGUGUGUUUGCCCGAAAAGCCGUGGAAAAAGUUCCCGUUCACGACGUUCGUGGCCAUGCUUUCGGCCGUGCUGACUCUCAUGGUGGACUCAUUUUCUAUGAGCCAUUAUAGGAAAGCUUUCGCUGCAGGUACUCGCAGUGGAGAUGAGGAGAAUGACAAAAAUGUUACCCCUCAAUUGGAACAUGUUGGUCAUGGUCAUGGCCAUGGCCACGUCCAGGACACUAAGAUUGAGGGUGGACUCAAUGGCAAGGACUCACAGUUGCUGAGAUAUCGUGUUGUGGCACAGGUAUUGGAACUAGGCAUUGUGGUGCACUCAGUGGUGAUUGGGCUGUCAAUGGGAGCAUCAGACAAUCCUUGCACAAUCAGACCACUCAUUGCUGCCCUCUGUUUCCAUCAACUCUUUGAAGGAAUGGGUCUAGGUGGAUGCAUACUGCAGGCUGAAUAUGGAUUGAAGAUAAAAUCAGUCAUGGUGUUCUUCUUCUCAGUCACAACACCAUUUGGUAUAGCGCUAGGAAUUGGUUUGUCAAAUGUAUACAGUGAGGACAGCCCAACAGCCCUAAUUGUGGUAGGGCUGCUGAAUGCUGCAUCUGCAGGGCUGCUGAACUACAUGGCUCUGGUGGAUCUGCUAGCAGCUGAUUUCAUGGGUCCUAAAUUGCAAGCCAAACCCAAGCUCCAAAUGUGGUCUUACCUUGCAGUUUUUUUAGGCCUAGGAGGAAUGUCAGUCAUGGCCUUGUGGGCAUAGCAUAGACAGCAGAUCCAACAAUAUUAAUGUUCUCAGAAGCUAGAUGGGAUUUUGCUGCUCUGCAUGUACAGCAGGGACAAGCAUUUGAUAAGUUUUUAUUAUUCCUUUUUUUUUUUUUUUUUUUCUCCUAGUUAGGAACAAAGUUUGUCACCAUGGCAAUUUCCUGAAAUCAAUUCAACAAGUUGUUAUUUUGAUUCACUUUUGGACUCAAAACCAAUCUUUUUAUUUUAUUUUUUUUGCCAAGUUAUAAUUAUUUAUUGUUGUCUUGUUAUGAUUGGAUGGUGUGAGUUUCGAACCUUUCCAUAGAAUACAAUACAAUACAUGAUAAAUUAAUUUGCAUGCUCUGAAUUUGAUAAUCAGCCCUUUUCUUUUCUGAAACCAAAAGGGUAAA